AGUACACCUAGAAACACGACUGCACCCUUUCUGUAGCACUGGCAUGCAUUCUGACACACCCAACGACAGGGGAGAGCCUCUGUAUCGCAUUAAUAGCUGACAGAGCGCGCUCACACACAGGAAGUUCCUCUUUCUUUGCUUUGUACCAUAUAAAUCAUAUUAUAAAUCCGAGGAAGCGGCCAAUUCUAACAGGGAUCUGCGCCGGACAUGGGGAAUCCGGAUAGGACCGACACCGACAAAUCGAUCCAAGUAAAUGAAACUGGACAUGAAGAUAAAGUUGGAAUGGAAGACUUUGAGCUGUUGAAAAUCCUGGGAACUGGGGCAUAUGGAAAAGUCUUUCUUGUACGUAAAGUGACUGGCCCAGAUGCUAAGAAUCUUUAUGCUAUGAAGGUAUUGCGCAAAGCAUCUCUUGUUCAGAAGGAGAAAACUGCUGAGCACACACGGACAGAGCGAACUGUGUUGGAACAUGUAAGACAAAGCCCUUUCCUCGUGACCCUUCAUUAUGCUUUCCAGACAGAAGCCAAACUCCACCUUAUAUUAGACUAUGUUAGCGGUGGGGAGCUUUUCACGCACCUCUUUCAGCGGGACAACUUCUCUGAAGAUGCUGUGCGGUUUUAUUCUGGAGAAAUUAUUCUGGCACUGGAGCACCUGCACAAGUUGGGCAUCGUAUAUCGGGACAUCAAGCUGGAGAACAUCUUACUAGACAGUGAUGGUCAUGUGGUGCUGACAGACUUUGGCCUGAGCAAGGAAUUCUUGUCUCAAGAGAUUGAUCGCACCUAUUCAUUUUGUGGGACUACAGAGUAUAUGGCACCAGAAAUUAUAUGUGGACAGGGUGGUCAUGGCAAGUCCGUGGACUGGUGGAGUUUGGGAAUCCUAAUAUAUGAACUUCUAACAGGAGCAUCUCCCUUCACUCUGGAAGGAGAAAAGAACACACAAAGCGAUGUUUCAAGGCGGAUCCUAAAGAUGGAUCCAUCAUAUCCAUCAACGUUGAGUGCAGAAGCUCGGGACCUUUUGCAAAAGUUGCUGUUGAAGGACCCUAAAAAACGCCUUGGAGCCACAGGUGCCUGCCCAAUUAAGGAUCAUCCCUUUUUCAAAGGACUAGAUUGGGAUGCACUAGCCCAACGCAAGGUCUCUCCCCCCUUUCGACCCACUCUUCGAAGUGAGACAGAUGUCAGCAAUUUCUCUGAUGAAUUUACCAGCCUUGAUCCUGUAUACUCCCCAGCUGACACUCCACCAUCUGGUGCUCAUGUGUUCCAGGGUUACUCCUUUGUUGCACCUUCGGUUCUGUUCAGCUUGAAUGCAAUAAUGACAGAUACACCUGCUCCAUCAGAUGACAAACCUGGUAGCCUUACAUUGGCUCUAAGUGCUGCUAUGAAGGAUUCUGCAUUCUUCCAGCAGUAUGAUAUGGAUCUGCAAGCCUUAGCCCUGGGUUCUGGCAGUUUUUCUGUCUGCCGAAAAUGUCGACAUCGACAGACCAGGAAGGAGUAUGCUGUGAAAAUCCUGAGCAAAAGGAUGGAAGUUAACACUCAGCGGGAAGUGACAGCACUGAAGUUGUGUCAAGGACACCCCAACAUUGUGACUUUACAUGAAGUUCUACACGAUCAGUACCACUCUUAUAUUGUUAUGGAACUUUUGGAUGGCGGUGAAUUGCUGGAUUGCAUAAAAAAACAGUCAUGUUUUAGUGAAGUAGAGGCAAGUAGUCUUAUGCGCAGUCUGGUGAGCGCUGUUACUCACAUGCACGAGGCUGGAGUGGUGCACAGAGACCUCAAACCAGAGAAUCUACUCCUUUCGUCUUCCGCGGAUGAUGCAGUUCUGAAAGUAAUAGAUUUUGGAUUUGCAAGGCUUUGUCCACCAGGAAUACGUCCUCUGCACACUCCCUGCUUUUCGUUGCACUAUGCAGCCCCAGAGUUACUUUCUCACCAAGGUUAUGAUGAGUCAUGUGACCUCUGGAGUCUUGGUGUUAUUCUGUACACCAUGCUGUCUGGUCAAGUACCAUUUCAGGCAGAAAAAGGUGGGUGUCCACAGAGUCAUGCUGCUGACAUCAUCCGUAAGAUUAAGGAAGGUGACUUCAGUAUGGAAGGGGAGAAUUGGGAACAUGUAAGCAACAAUGCCAAGGAGCUUGUGAAAGGUUUACUGACUGUAGACCCCUGCAGCCGGCUGAAUCUGAGUGAUCUCCAUGAGAAUGAUUGGUUGCGAAAGGGACAUCCACUCUCCUCGACUCCACUCAUGACACCUGAUGUUCUGGAAUCAAGUGGACAGACUACCAAGACAUGUGUCCAAGCCACUUUUAUGGCUUUUAACCGUGGAAAAAGAGAAGGUGUUUUCUUAAAGAGCGUGGAGAAUGCUCCUCUUGCCAAAAGACGCAAACUGAAGCAGUGCAACACAGGGAGUGACUCACACACUGGCUCAUCAUCUUCCUCUUUGUCAUACACAGUUGCAGCUCCAGCCCCCUCCCCUAAAUCUAGGUCCCCUCAGAAAACGCCUGAUGUGAGUAUGCCAAACCACCAGUCUCAGUGAUAGACACUGAAUGGGGCAU